UUCUUUUCAGUUUUUUCUCUCUCUAGAAAACUUCUCUGUCUAUAUUUCUAAUCCUUCUAAGGGGAAGAAGAGAGUACUUUGCUCCCUCGAAUCUCCUCCUGCCUCCUCUCUGGUUAAAUCCCACCAAGGAGAGAGAGAGAGAGAGAGAGAGAAGAGAGAGAACCCAGAAGAAACAAGUCAUGGAUUCGUUUCUAGUGGAAGAAUUUCAACCCUCCUUUCUUGUUUCGCAAAAGUUGGGUUGUUGAUGCUAAUGUGGUGAGCUGACUGGUUCCUUGUAUUUUUCUAUGAAUAUGGCUACCGAUUCUUCUUCUGAGGGAAUUUAUCUUGAUCCAUCGAAAGGCGGUAAGAUGAGUAUGGAGAAAAAGAGAGAACUUGUUUAUCAAAUAUCAAAUUGGUCACAAGGUGCCUCUGAGCUGCUACAAUCAUGGAGUCGUCAGGAAAUUUUGCAGAUCCUCUGCGUUGAGAUGGGAAAGGAAAGAAAGUAUACUGGUUUGACCAAGUUAAAAAUUAUCGAGCAUCUUCUGAAAAUUGUAUCUGAAAAGAAAUCAGGAGGGAUUGAGUUUGUAACAGACCUUGAUUCACUGGCUUCUCCUCCGCCUGGGCAAAGAGCUGCUAAACGGCAGAGGAAAACUGAGCAACCUUCUCGGCUAUCUACUGCUGCUGCUAGUUAUGUAUCAACCAACAAUGGCAUCAUCAGUUUGGCUAACACUGUAAUAUAUUGCAAAAACUCUGCUUGUAGAGCUACUUUAAGUCGAGAAGGUGCCUUCUGCAAGAGGUGUUCGUGUUGCAUAUGUAAUAAGUAUGAUGAUAACAAAGACCCUAGCUUGUGGUUAAUUUGCUGCUCCGAGCCUCCAUUUCAAAGUGAUUCAUGCGGCAUGUCAUGCCAUCUUGAGUGUGCUUUGACACAUGAAAAAUCUGGUAUUGGGGAGCAUGAUGGCACCUUUUGUUGCGUAUUUUGUGGGAAAGAGAAUGAUUUACUCGGGUGCUGGAGAAAGCAAAUGGUCAUGGCAAGGGAAACCAGACGGGUAGACAUUCUGUCAUAUCGUGUCUCCUUAAGCCAAAAACUUCUCAAAGGAACUGAAAAACAUCAAAAGCUUUAUGAGCUUGUUGAUGAAGCUGCAAAGAGGCUUGAAGCUGAAGUUGGUCCAUUGGAUGGUUUGGCCGUGAAAAUGGGUACUAGGGGUAUUGUCAACAGGCUUUCUUCUGGACCCGAGGUUCAGAAACUUUGUGCUUCUGCUGUGGAGUUGCUGGAUUCAAUGCAUUCUAUUGCAACCUCUGAUCCAUUGCCCAAUCCCAUCAAACAAGAGAAAAAACCAAUUAUGUCAGGCAUGAUCAAAUUUGAAGACAUCCGAGCAACAUCGCUCACCAUUUUUUUGCAACCUGGAAAACCUUCAACAGAUAAUAGUGUACUCUAUUCCUUGUGGCAUUGUAAGGUUGAUGAUAUCAACUAUCCUAAAGAACCGACCUGUAAACUGUUUGCGCCAAAUACAAGAUUUGUUGUUAGAGGUCUUAUUCCUGCUACAGAGUAUUGUUUCAAAGUUGUUUCACAUGAUGGUAUGAAGGAGUUGGGUACCACUGUAGUUCGAUUCUCCACAAGCCAUGCGGAGGAACUUCCAAAUUGCCAUGUUCUGGAAAGAAGUCAAAGCCCCGCAACUAACUGUAGCAGCCUCUCUAAUCCUUCCUCAGUAGAAGAUGAAACUAAUAACGUUGCACUAUCUAGUGAGCAGGCUGAUACCCGUCCAGACAAUUAUCAUAGUUAUUGCAAGGAUAGCGAAAAGAUUGUUUCUGCUAGUUUAUCCAAUGGUGCUAUUACGUGCAACAGCACAGGUGAAGGAGGAAACAUGGGAAAUCAAGUUUCUUUGUUAGAUGGGAAUUGUUCCAUUGGGUUGGUUGGCUCCAUAUCAAAUUCUGAUGUUGUAGAACCUGAUAACAAACCCUCAUCUGAUGGUCAAAUUGUCGAGGACAUUAGCACUGAUAAUGGGUCAAACUCUCCAGUUCGAACUGGAAUGGAAUGUGUGCCAUUUGCUGGUAGCUCAGAUGCUGGGUUGCCCAUUACUCCUUGCAAGUUAGAAAUACUAAAAGAGGGGCUAGGAAGAAAUGUGAGAUCCAAAUCCAGCAGCAAGGAUCUGGAAAAUGCAGCAGGGAAAGGAGAACCCCAAGAUGGUAGCACGUCGAAGAAAAGAAAGGCAGAAAGGCCUGAUGAGGAAUGUGUAGGAAACGGUUUUUCAGACAGGGAUUUUGAGUAUUAUGUGAAGGUGAUUAGAUGGUUAGAAUGUGAGGGUCAUAUAGAGAAGAACUUCAGGCAGAAAUUCCUAACUUGGUAUAGCUUGAGAGCGAGUCCACAGGAGCUAAGGAUUGUUAAGGUGUUUAUUGACGCUUUCAUAGAAGAACCAGCAUCACUUGCUGAGCAACUUGUUGACACCUUUUCGGAAAGCAUCUCAAGCAAGAGAUCUUCUGUUGUCCCAGGGUUCUGCAUGAAGCUUUGGCAUUAAUCAUCAGCUUUGCCUUUAGUUGAAUCGAAUUUUGAGUGCAAACGUACUCCUCGUUUGUUCAGCAGUAAUUCUUUAGACCUCCUAACAUGCUUCAUUUGAACUAUCUCAUCAUUUAUAUAUAUUUGUCAUUACCAUUUGCCAUUCUUAUUAUUUAAGAAUGUCUAGAUAUCAUUUAUUAUGAUAAUUUGUUUUAUUCA